AUAAUCAAGAAAAGAAAUUAAAUCGAACAAUUAACCUGUUUUCUUCUCGCAAGGAUUAAUGAAUGAGCUGUCGCCAAGGAGAGCAGAGUGGUUGCAGCAACAGAUCGAUCCACUUUUCCUUUCCCCCCUCUCUCCUUCGUCGUGAUUAGUGGGAAGGCCGGAUAACACCACGAGGGGAGGAUAAUGAUGAUCAGGAGACAGGAUGGGACAAGAUGGGGGCGAUGCGAGAGAUAUCUGGGGCCCAUCUAAGGAAUGCUAAUGUCAAUCAUUAAGCUGAUACUCCGCAGGAGGUUUCCGCAUCGGCAUGGGGGGUUUCAGGAUCAGGAUUUCCACAGGGAAGAUUGGCGCGUGUUUCUCCCCCCCAAGGCUGAAGGUGUCAGUCAACUGGAGGGUCAGGGAGAGGACGAUCUGCCAUGGAGAUCCUCUCUAGGACCAGAGGAUGGAGGGAGGAGGGAUAGGAGAGGUAGGCAGAAGGACGAUCAAACUCCGAUCUGUGGUCUGUGGGAUUUAUAUGACAGUAUACAGAGGUCCUGUCCACCGUUGAGGGUCGACAACAGAGUGUGAAAUCAAUAAGCUCCUAUUGUUGAUGGUGACAACCAUGGUACGAGUUGACUACCACUCUAGUCAUUGUAAUGAAGACUCUGGGUAUGAUUACAUGGAAGGCGGAUGGAAUCCCAUGCGGCAUCGGC